CACCGAGCAGCUCUGAGUGUGUGUCCGGAAAACUCACAAUGCAUGGGGGCAAGAGAGGACUGGUGGCCCCGCAGAACACUUUUCUGGAAAAUAUUGUCCGGCGCUCCAGCGAAACCAGUUUCCUGUUGGGAAAUGCACAGAUCUUGGAGUGGCCGGUCGUUUACAGCAACGAUGGAUUCUGCAAGCUAUCUGGAUACCACCGAGCUGAAGUCAUGCACAGGAGCAGCUCGUGCAAUUUCAUGUAUGGUGACCUGACUGAUAAGAACACAAUAGACAAAAUCAGACAGACCUUUGACAACUAUGAGUCCCAGUUCUAUGAGGUGCUGCUCUAUACAAAGAAUAGACUGCCAAUAUGGCUCUACAUGCAGGUAGCUCCAAUCAGAAAUGAGAACGACAAGGUGGUGCUCUUCCUCUGCACCUUCAGAGACAUUACACUUUUUAAACAGCCGAUAGAAGACGAGUCAACUAAAGGAUGGACAAAGUUUGCCAGACUGACACGGGCUCUGACCAACAAUCGCAACGUGGUGCAGCAGUUAGCUCCACUGAGCAGCACCGAGGUCUGCCACAAGCCGUCCAGACUGGCCGAGGCUCUCCAGCUGGGAUCAGAAAUCCUCCCUCAGUACAAGCAGGAAGCCCCGAAGACCCCCCCACACAUCAUCCUCCACUACUGCACCUUCAAGACGACCUGGGACUGGGUCAUCCUCAUCCUCACCUUCUACACCGCCAUCAUGGUGCCGUAUAACGUCUCUUUUAAGACAAAGCAAAACAAUUUGGCCUCGCUGGUGCUGGACAGCGUCGUGGACGUCGUCUUCCUUAUUGACAUCGUGCUGAACUUCCACACCACCUUCGUGGGUCCUGCUGGGGAGGUGGUUUCAGACGCCAGGCUCAUACGCAUGAAUUACCUGAAGACGUGGUUCGUCAUCGACCUGCUGUCCUGUCUGCCCUACGACAUCAUCAACGGCUUUGAACAUGUAGAUGAGGAUAUCAUCGCCUCUGCUACUCAAACAAGUCAUCUUCGGGAGUCUUUCCACAGGAAUACCACACGAUCAGAAGAUUCGUUUAUGCCACAGGGUCUCAGCAGCCUGUUCAGCUCCCUGAAGGUGAUCCGCCUGCUCCGGUUGGGCCGGGUGGCUCGGAAGUUGGACCACUACCUGGAGUACGGAGCAGCUGUCCUGCUUCUGCUGGUGUGCGUCUUCGGUCUGGUGGCCCACUGGUUGGCCUGCAUCUGGUACAGCAUCGGGGACUAUGAGGUCAUCGAUGAGACCACCAACACCAUAAAGACGGACAGCUGGCUCUACCAGUUGGCCCUGAGCAUCGGGACUCCUUACCGAUACAACGCCAGCGGGACGGGACAGUGGGAGGGGGGUCCCAACAAGGACACGCUGUACAUUUCUUCUCUCUACUUCACCAUGACGAGUCUCACCACCAUCGGAUUUGGGAACAUCGCUCCGGCCACAGAUGGAGAGAAGAUUUUCUCCGUGGCGAUGAUGAUGGUGGGCUCGCUGCUAUAUGCGACUAUCUUUGGAAACGUCACCACCAUCUUCCAGCAGAUGUACACCAACACAAACCGAUAUCACGAGAUGCUCAACAACGUGCGCGAAUUCCUGAAGCUCUACCAGGUUCCCAAAGGUCUCAGUGAGCGGGUCAUGGACUUCAUCGUCUCCACCUGGGCCAUGUCAAGGGGCAUAGACACAGAUAAGGUUCUCUCAAUUUGUCCCAAAGACAUGCGGGCGGACAUCUGCGUGCACCUCAACAGGCAGGUGUUCAACGACCACCCUGCGUUCCGCCUGGCGAGCGACGGCUGCCUGCGCUCUCUGGCCGUGGAGUUUCAGACCACCCACUGUGCCCCUGGAGACCUCAUCUUCCACAUCGGAGAGAGCGUCGACACCCUCUGCUUCGUGGUCUCCGGUUCACUAGAGGUCAUUCAGGAUGAUGAGGUCAUCGCAAUUCUAGGUAAAGGUGACGUGUUUGGAGACGUGUUCUGGAAAGAGACCACCCAGGCGCGGGCCUGUGCGAACGUCAGAGCUUUGACUUACUGCGAUCUGCACGUCAUCAGGAAAGAGGCUCUGACGAGGGUGCUGGAUUUUUACACAGCGUUCGCCAACACGUUCUCCCGCAACCUCAUCCUCACCUGCAAUCUACGGAAACGGGUCAUCUUCAGAAAGAUUGCAGACGUGAAGAGGGAGCAGGAGCGCCAGAGGAACGAGGUGACUCUCUCCAUCCCCGAAGACCACCCGGUCCGCAAGCUGUUCCAGAGGUUCAGGCUGCAGAGAGACGCUCAGACCCCGGGGGAGGCCUACUUCGAUCACAACUGUGUGCAGGUGGAGCCGCUGCACCACCAUAACUCCGACUCAAACUUGUACACACAGUGUCAGUCUGUUCCCUCUCAGCAGCAGGAGUACAGCUCCUCGGUGCAGAAUAAUGCCCCCUGCACAGGAGGGGGGUCCGCAGGGAGCAUGGCCGCACCUCCACAAACACUCAUCCACACUGAGGCGUCGGAGCAAAGCGGCACACAGGAAGCCGGGGAGUCGAUAGCGAGGCCCGGUGGAGAAAACCAGCUAUGUCUGAAGGUCAACAGCCCUGCAAAGGUCACUGCUGCAGGUGGAGCUGCAGGUGGAGCUGCCGGUAUCAAAGAGGCUCGAGGCUGGGCAAAGUUUAAAAGUACCGCUUCAGCCGCACCACCACCUCCUGCUGCUGCUGCUGAGCCGGAAAAGAGUCCACAGAAGGCCGAGGAGUGGCCGAAAGGGUCCGAGUCCUCAGAGCAGUUAGCAGUCCCCAACAAGAACUCAGAGGAAGGUGGAGAGAUGGGGAACACAGAGGGGGGCAACGGGGCGGAGGGGACAGAGGAAGAGACGAGCGCCCUGCACAAAACUGACUCCUGUGACAGCGGCAUCACAAAGAGCGACCUACGCAUUGACCGAGCAGGAGAUUCAAGAAGCUCGUUCGAAAGGAGCCCGAUGGAAAAGAGCCCGUUUGAGAGGAACCCGUUCGAGCACAGCCUCGGGGUCGACCCCCUCAAACACUCUUUUGUUCAGCCCGUGUCCGAACAAGCGCUCCUUCAGGCCGUCCUGCACGAGGCCAAGCUGGAGCUGAAGGGAGACAUUCAGAAACUGAGCGGCCGCCUGUCGGUGCUCGAGUCUCAGGUGAGCGAGAUCCUCCGCCUGCUGUCGUUAAAAAGACGACUCUCUCUGCCACCGACCUCGUCCCCGAAGCCCAGAGUGAGGCACCAGGAGCCGGCCGCCGACUCCAAGCAGGGCACACCCAAAGCUGACGACGGGCCUUUUUGAUUUGACUAAUCAUAAUACCUGGAUCUGUUGAGGAACUGAUGAAGCACCAGUUUGCAUGUCCUGCUGGACUCUGGCUGCCAAAGAAACUUGCAUUAAACACUAGACUGCAUGCGGAAAUCCCCUUUUAACGUUACCUAAGCACUACAGAAACACAGGGGUCUUCACUUAUGAGGCCCUGUGUAUGUUUGAGAAUGCCAAAUAGAAACAAUUAAUGAACAAACUAUUAGGAAAGUACUUAUUGUUAGGAAACCUGAACAUUUUAGAAGCAUUGUAAACACGCAGAGAUACGUACCUCAUAGCUGAUGAAGGCGUUUUUUGAAGCAUUUUAGCCUGAUAGGAGCUGAGGUCAAGUCACAUUAUUUCCAUUCUUUCUCAUUUAAGUAUUUUUUUAUCAUUUUUAUGAGUUUCCUUAUCUUUUUACAGUUUUUAUUACUUUUUUAUUUAUUUAUUGAAAUGUUAUUUAUUCAUUUUAUUCUAACUAUUAUUUGAUCAUGUGUUCUAGAAAGCAGGAACUUUCACGUAUGUUUAAUAAAUGUCUCCCUCUCUUUAGUUAUUAGUUGUCAGGUAAUAAUAUGUGCCUUACAAUAAUAAAGCCUCGUUCAGGGUUGUUUUGGUGAGACAAAAUCAACUCUAUGGUAUAUUUUGGAGCAUAUGUUUUAUAAUAGAAAUGUUAGCCUUGUUUGUGUUUUGACCCGUUACUGCACUAUGCAUUCAUUUUAAUGAACUUUUUCCAAACUCUUUAAAUGGUUUUAGCUUCAUUCCCAUGCAUGUGAAAUAGGAGUAGAGUGCAAUAAUGGCGGUUUAUUUAUAUAUUUUUAUUGUCACUUAGCAUUAUCUCAGUUUACUUGUGAAAUAUUUAUUUUCCUUAAACAAUUAUGCAAUUGCAGCGACCUCAGUGUAUAUUCCUUCAUGUAACUAUGCCUCUGGCUCAAGUAUUUUGCUCUUAUGUUGAAUUCAAUUAUUUAUUUCACUAUUAACAGUUUCAUUUUUGCCUACUGUAAGAUUAAAUAGUAAUGGAAAUUGCACUUUUAGACUGUAGAAGAUUUUAAGUGAUGGGUUACUACACGCUGCUAUGCAACUCUAAAUGAACCAGCACUGCACUUAGCGAUGCAAACGUUCACAUUUGUUUACUGUGCUUAGAUAAAUAGGAGGAUGAACAUGGACAAGCAGCAUGGUUAUAGUUUUAGUUGAAGAUGUUUUCUAAUUUUCUGUGCGACUGCUUAAGUAUGAACUGUGAGGAUGUAAGCAUGUGGCUGUUAUUUGAUUCUAUUUUAUAUGACAUGUAUAAAUGACGUUGCAUGCAUCCAACGAACCUGUCAACAGUGAAAUGAAUAAUGAAAACUCAUGCCUGCUCACCA